GUUCGAUGAUCAAUUCAUGACCCAAAACUUCAACGUUAACCAGUGGGAUGAUGAUGGCACAUGCAACAAAUUAGAAAACCAACAAAAUAUUCCACGUAUGUUCAAGACGUUGUUCUUAUCACAAAAUGUUUCUACGACAACCAUGGAGCUGACAAGGCAGUCCACAUAUACAGCAGAUAUUAUUAUUUUUCCAUCGGAGACGAGUUCCUCCACCCAGAAACACAAACUCGAUCAAAACACCAAGAUCAACCACCACUGAGCUAAAAGCUCUCAACUUUCUUUCAUUUUCUCUCCGCGUGUUUGUUUGUAUGUGCCUUGCAAACCAAGCAUCUGAUUUGGCGUGUGUUUCAUUCUAUCUCCAACCACUGUUACAACCAAACCAAAUCAAAACCGUCAACAACCACCAUCCCAUCUUCUUCUUUUCUUUGUCUGCGAGGUGUUUGUCAGAAUUCCACAGAGAGCGAGAAGAAAAGGUGGGUUUGUGAUGGCUGGAUCAGCUUCAGGAUCAGGGUCAGGGUCAGCGUCAGUGAGUGCUGAUACAUGGAAGGCUCAUUUAGCCAUGGCCAUGGUGCAGCUCUUAUAUGGUGGAUACCAUGUCAUCACAAAAGUGGCCCUCAAUGUUGGUGUCAACGAAUUAGUCUUCUGUGUGUUCAGGGAUCUCGUUGCCCUUUCUAUCCUUGCUCCUGUCGCUUAUUUCCAUGAAAAGAAGACUGCUAAUUUUGAUUGUUGGCACCUAACAGCAUAGGUUAUACAUACCUGCUUUGCACAUUUAACAGUUCUACAGAUUCGAAGCGUACACAGCCCCAAUCACGAAGCGCCUAUUGCUGUCAUUCUUCUUUCUUGGAUUAACUGGGAUAUUUGGCAACCAGCUUUUGUUUCUUAUGGGUUUAAGCUAUACUAAUCCAACAUAUGCUUCUGCCACGCAGCCAGCAAUUCCAGUCUUUACGUUUCUGUUCACUGUAAUGAUGGGUACAGAAAGAAUAAACUUGCUAAGAUAUGAAGGGAUUGCAAAGAUUGGAGGAACUCUCAUCUGUGUUUUUGGUGCUGUAUUGAUGGUUUUGUAUCGAGGUCCAGCUCUGAUAGGAUAUUCAGAUCUAGACCAUGUAGCACUAACUGAAAUUAGUGCCAGAGGUCAGCCAGAGCCAGCUGGAUGGUUAAUGGAUGGUUUGCAAGAUUUUGGACUAGAUCGAUUUCAUAUUGGGGUUUUGUGUUUGAUAGCAAACUGCAUGUGCAUGGCUGCUUUUUUGGCCCUUCAGGCACCAUUAUUGAAUAAGUAUCAUGCACACAUAUCUCUGACAGCAUAUUCGUACUUUUUUGGAGCUGUACUGAUGGUGAUAUCAUCGAUAUUCAUGACUGAUCCAUCGGCUGACUGGACUUUGACGUGGUCAGAAGUAGUUGCUGUUAUUUAUGCUGGAGUUAUUGCAUCUGCCCUUAAUUAUGGAAUCAUUACAUGGAGCAACAAGAUUCUGGGGCCAGCUUUGGUUUCCCUUUACAAUCCCCUCCAACCAGCAUUUUCUACCCUUCUGUCCCUAAUUUUCCUUGGAAGUCCAAUUUACUUGGGAAGUAUCUUGGGGGGACUUUUUAUCAUUGCUGGCUUAUACAUUGUUACAUGGGGAUCUUACAAAGAAAAACAAGCAAAUGCUGGAGUUAUUCCUAUUGCUUCUUGGGUGUCUGAGCCACUUAUUCAUGAAAAGACUGCAUACCAGAAAGGUCAUGCUAUUUCAGGGUCAUCCAGCAUUACCAUUAAUCCAAAAUCAUUGGAUUAAGGAACUAAAUUAUUCAAUAUAUAUAUCAUGUAAAAAUUGGUUUAAGCUAUCAUUUUUUAGUUGUGAAAUUCUAUGUUUAAUCCUGUCUAUGUAAAAUUUCAUCCGAAAAUUGGUGUCUGCUAUCAUUGUAGGAAUGAACAUUUUAUCUCUUGUUUUAGGACAAAAUAUCAAAAUUGUCCUAAGCAUUUUGCAAUGGAAUUUUGUGCUUAAAUUUGGAGACCAAA